UAGCGAGGUGCCUAUAAAUAUCCCAACGUCUUCCCCCUCGUUCUCAGCUAAAAAUUUAGAAACCUUGUUUUUUCUUCCAACAACCAAAAUCUCGCUUCUUUUGUGAUUCUUGUUCCCUCGAACAGUGUAUGGCAGCUAGAUUGUCAGGGCAUGAAUUGUCUGAUCUGUGUCUUGGGAAACCGCCGCUUAGGGCCCUCUCCGUCCGCGACACCGUAGCCGACGCCCUCGCCGCCUUGAAGAGGAUUGACGACACCUACGUCAGCGUCUGGAACUGCAACCACUCCUUCAUCCGAAAACAACAACCUCAAAUUCAAUCCCAGAACCAAUGCUGCUGCACCUGCAUCGGUAAGGUUUGCAUGCUCGACAUCAUCUGCUUCCUCUCCAAACCCCAGAGCCUCUCCUCCCCUUCCGCCGCCCUUCAUUCCCCUAUCUCCGCCGCCCUCCAAGACAACUCCGCCGUCCUCGUCCUCCAUCUCCCACCCUCUGCCAGUUUACUGGAGGCUAUAGAUGUUAUGCAAGAAGGGGUGCAGAACCUGGUGAUACCAAUACAAAACCAGGUUGAAUCUUUGGACUCCAACAAUGUGCACCACAAUAACAACACCACAUACUGUUGGCUAACUCAAGAGGACGUGCUCCGCUACCUCCUCAACUCAAUUGGUGUGUUUUCCCCAACACCGGGGAACCCCAUCAACACCUUAGGCGUCAUCGACACAAAAAACCUCUUUGCAGUGUGCUAUGAUGACCCUGCCUCCUCUAUCUUGGACCUCUUGGCCUUGUCCCUCAUAUACCAAAGCUCUGUCGCCAUCGUCGACCCAAAUGGUAAGUUCGGUGGCGAAAUCUCCCCCGUUAUGCUCAACUCCUACGACGAAUCGGUCGUGCCGGCUAUAGCCACCCUCUCUGCCGGCGACCUCACCGCCUACAUCGACUGCGGCGGGCCACCGGAGGACUUAGUGCAAUUAGUGAAGGAGAGGGUGAAAGAGAAGGUGGAGGAGCAGAACAUGUUGGAAUUACUUGGCGAUGAAACAACAAGAACAGGACUUACUUCAUGGUCUUCUUUUUCUUCUAGUUGUUCUUCCGACGAAGAAUUUUGCUCUGGGAAGAAUUGGAAGCUUGGAGGGUACUCUGCAAGGGUGGGGAGAAGGUCUGAGGCCAUUGUUUGCCACCGUUGGAGCUCUUUAGUUGCUGUGAUGAUUCAGGCAUUGUCACAUCGUGUGAGUUACGUGUGGGUUGUGGAAGAGGAUGGAACCUUGACGGGGAUUGUUACUUUCCAAGGAAUGUUGAAGGUUUUCAGAGACCACCUCAAAUCCAUGUGCUAACAGUUACUACUUUACUACUAUAUUACAUGAUGAUGAUGUAGACAACAACAACUACUAUGCUACUACUUCCUCUAAUUUGUUGCAAUAAAAACCCGCUUGCAAAUUGUCUCCUUCGGCUUUGUCCAGGAAUUUAGACGUGAAGUAGAUAGCACGGAUUUGUGUUAGGCACAAAUCAAUUUUGCUUUUUGUUUUCCUACCCGUGACUUUCUUUUGCUUAAAUUUGGUCUCCCGGCCCAAAAUAUUCCAUCAUGUAAUUUAGUUUUCAAAGGAGAAAGUGUUAAAGAGUUUAAUUACAUUA